AUUCCAAAAUCUGCUAGUAAUCAUCUUUUGAUAACAAAAUGCAUAAGAUAACAUUUCUCUGUGCUUUAACACUACCAUUAUCAUGGUCAAAACCCAACACUUCAUCCCUCCAAGUCAUCCAGGAGAUAAACUCGGAACAAAUAUCCUGGAAAGCUGAGACUAACUGCCUUGACAUCAAAUCCCGACUCGGUUUUCUGGGACUUCACCCAGAUCCCAACUACAAGAUUCAAACCAAACAACACAAAAUCAGCAGAAUUAUUUCAAUUCCUGAAAGUUUCGAUGCUCGUGAAAAAUGGCCCGAGUGUAAGGAUGUCAUAGGGAAGAUUCGGAAUCAGGGAAAUUGCGGCUCGUGUUGGGCGUUUGCUUCGACCGAGGUCAUGACCGACCGGUUAUGUAUCUCAAGUAAAGGUAAAAUAAAAUUUGUGUUUUCUCCUGAAAAUCUGCUCACUUGUUGUAAAGAUUGUGGUUGUGGGUGUAAAGGGGGUUAUAUAAAAAAUGCAUGGGAUUAUUACAUCAAUGAAGGGAUUGCAUCUGGUGGUGAUUACAACUCAAGUGAGGGUUGCCAACCAUACUCCGAAUCAUCUUUCCAAUACGCAGAAGCGUCCGAAUGUGUCAAAGCAUGUCAAAAUGACAAAUAUGACGUGAAUUACGACGAUGAUAAGCAUUACGGUGACAGUUUUUACACACUUGAGACAAAUGUCGCUCAAAUUCAGAUGGAGAUUUUGACAAAUGGGCCAGUUAUGGCUUACUAUAACGUUUUUGAAGAUUUUGCUUGCCACAAAAGCGGCGUUUAUUAUUACAAAAGCGGCAAAUUCGUAGGAAGACAUAGUGUUAAAGUUAUAGGGUGGGGAACAGAAGAAGGGAUUCCCUAUUGGCUGAUUGCUAAUUCGUGGGGGUCGGAGUGGGGGGAGCUAGGGGGAUUUUUUAAAAUGCGGAGAGGGACCAAUGAAUGUUGGAUUGAACAGGAGAUGACCGCGGGGAAGGUCCACAUUGAAGGUAACGAGAGGACUGAGGAAAUGACAACCAAUGCGACAAGUAAAGCUCCCAGUUCAGGGUUCAGGACAAAAGGGCCAGAGUUUAGGGGUGUCCUAAUAGCGACUAUUUUACUUUGUCAGAUUUCAAUAAAAUGUUGCUUGUUUUGAUGUUUUGUGUCAAGUCAAACAGUUCAAUGAAAUUAAGUACUAAUUAAAAUAUCCAGGAUAUUUUUACGUGUUUCAUGUUGCACUUUUAUCACUAUAAUAUUGAAUAAUAAAAAAACAGGUAAUACAAACAUUUUAAUUGCAAUCAAAUUUUAAUCGCGAUUAACUUAACAUUAAUCAAUGCAUUUUAAAUAGCAACUAAUAGCACCGGUUUACAAAAGCGUCAUUAAUUUAACUCGUAAUUAAAUGCGUGAUUAACUGAUCAAGUGACUGAAAGUCAGGUUCAAAGCGAAUAAAAAUUUAAUUUUGGAUAAAACUCAAUUAAGUUACCAUUUAGUUUGCAUUGACUACGCGGAAUUAAUCCCGAAUAAAAAUUUAAUUGCAAUUAAACGCGUUCUAAAAACGGCACUAGAUAUUUAAAAUAAACAGAUGUUAAAAAUGAA